ACGGCCGCCGCCGCACCCUUCAGUUUACGCCUUCUUCUUUGUUGCGCGCACGACUGCCCCUCGCCCUCCUCUCCCCCCUCCGAAGAAGAGAAGGUGGCGCUGCCGGCCAGCUGCCUACCUUUCCAGCGAACCGCGUCGCCUCCGCCACGCUGUCCGCUACCUCUCCUCCUCAACCGCGUCGCUGCUUCGUUUGCCUCUGCGGCCGCGAGGGCGGGAGGCUCCGCCGGGGGCCUCUGCCUUCUCUUAAAGGCCAAUUUCUCAACAUGGAAUCUGAAAGCACUCUUUAACAAUUGCUUAUUGAACAGUACGGGACCUGGUUUUAAGAGAUUCUUAGUGUGUGGCUGUGCAAAGGUCUCGAAAUAAUAAAUGCCCUUUGUUGCAACAGCCUAAAACCUUUCGAGUUCAAAAGGAAGAAAAUUCAUCUGACACCAGCACCAUCUCAGCUACUGAAAGACCUCAAUGUCCAAAGAUUUGGAAAAAGGUUCAUCUAGUGUCACCACACCUACGACUUCAGUUUCACCUCUAGAGUCAAAAAAGCGUGAGAAGACUGUACCAAAUUAUCUCAGAGCUACUAGAGGCUCGUGCCAUGAUUUUUGCAAGUAUGGACACAAAAAUCCUUCUGAAGAGGAGCCGGGGUUUUCAGGAGGAAGAAGAAAGAAACUUCCUGCUCAUCUGAAUAAUUUGACUCUACACAGAUCAGCUAUCUUGGAUAGGUCCAAGGAUGUCAAAAAUAGGAGCGUUUCACUAGCCAAGUCAAGCAUAUCUCUGGGUGAAGCUGAACGGUUUGCACCCAAGAAAGCAUCAGCAAAUCGAAAAGGUGUUCCAUCCAGUGAGGUUCCCAGGACAGCUACACCAUCUGAACAUAAAUCUCCGAACUAUGAUGGAAGAAAGAUGCAUUCAAUUGUUGCACAGAAGGCUCCAACAAAUCUGAGGCGUUCAAAUGGAGUUCCAAAAAUUGAUAAAAAAGAAACAAUGCCAGCCAAGGGGGCUAUAUUUCCUGCCAAAUCAAAGUUUCCAGAGAAGACCUUGCUGGAGAAAUCUAGAAAUGUCGAUAGAGUCACAAUGGCUAAUCAAUCAUUGCACAAGAGGCCAGCCUCUUCUCACACUAAGCUCAACAUGGUUAAACAGGGGCCUGUUGCAUCUCAGGCUUCUAGCAAGCAUCUACUUUCAAAACAUAAAAAUACUCCGGAGGGACCUAUUGCAGCAAAUAUUACUAGAAUGCAUGCUAAAGCUGGACAGAGUCCUAAAAGGUCAAGCAAUUCAAAUAUAAAUGGGAAGGAAGGCUCAGAUGUGCCCAGAUCACCCCUCCCUUUGGAACCCAAGCUGACUGCUUCUGUGGAAGUACAGAUAGAUGAUCCACAAAUUACAGGGUCUUAUAUCGAUUCGACAUUGGCUGAACUCUCUUCAGUUAUUACAGUAUACGUAGACAAUUCUCAACCAGCACCAGAAGAAACAAGUAAAUCCAUUUCAGAGGACGAUGGUGUGGGAAGAACUGAAAAGAGCGAAGUAUUAGGAGGUGAAGCCCUCCUGGGAAGUACCAUUGCCCUUGAGCUGCAGCAAUCAUUAGAUGGAAAGGAAUUCAGUGCUAUCCUAGGUGAAUCUGAUCUAGAACAUAAACUACCAGAGCAUCAUGUUGUUCAUAAUCAAGCUUCAAUGGAUUAUGACAGCCAAACAGAUUAUGCAGCUCUUUGUCAAUUACCAGAAGUAGCAACUGUGGAAAAUACAGAUGUGUAUGAUCUUAUAUCAACUCAAAGUACUUCAAAAAUUGAGGAUGACCAAGUUGAAGUCAAUGCGUCUGUGGAGUCUGUAAUCUCUGAAGAUAAGGAAGAAAUGAGUGUUCAUGAAGAUUUUGAAAGAUCUCCAGGGCUACUGGUACUUGACAAAAAACAUAAUGAGGAGCCCGAGUAUUGUCUUGAUCUUGCUUCUGGAAAUGCAGCAGAGAAUGAUACGGCUGGUAAAGUUUUUGACAGUAGGAUGAACAACAGUGCUUCUCACUGCCAAUCAGUUUCAGAAACUUCAUCAGAUGGUGGACUUCUUGAGAAGCCUAAGUCCAUGCUAAUUGAACCAAGUGUUUUUGCUGGUGACGAGUUAGCAAGUAUCUGUAAUGAAAAUAGCUCUGAACAGGCCGAACUGAAAUCAAGGAUAUUUAUUCCUCUUCAGUCACCAGAAGAACUAUCGGACAAUGAAUUUUAUGAAGAGUAUGAUUUUGAAUUAAGCGAAUCAGAUGAAUCUGGUACAGAGGAUGAGGAUACAACAAUCAACAAAAAUAGGGAUGAAUCUCUGAAGUCUGGCCAAAGAUCAAGAAGAACCUCAGCACUUGAAUUGGAUGAUGCUAGUCUCACACCUUACAAAUUGAAGUUUAAGAGGGGUAAAAUUGUAGAACUCCCACCAGACAGCAUUGGCCCAAGGAGACUGAAAUUUAGAAGAAAGUCUGCAAAUGAAGCUUCAAAUCGUGAAAGCCAACCAGCCAGAAGGAUUUACAGAAGGAACAGCACCAGUAAUGCUGUUCCUACUGAUGUGGAAUCACCUGGCGUGAAACUGCGACACCAAGAUGCACAAGAGAAAAAAGAUGCACAAGGAUUGUUCAAUAAUGUAAUUGAAGAAACUGCAAGCAAGCUAGUUGAGUCCAGGAAAAGCAAGGUAAAAGCUUUAGUUGGUGCCUUUGAAACAGUGAUUUCUCUCCAGGAUGGCAAACCCACAUCAUCGACAGCACAAGCUGGUAAUUCACAAGAUUCAAUUCCUGAUGAUGAGGGACAUGCACCUGAGGAAACUGGAUAGAAUUUGCAGGCCUCUGAAAGGUUGCAAUAUUUGCACUCAUGUCUGGGUCUCCUCUUUUAUUUGGUUCCAGAAUCAAAUCUGAUUGGAAGGAUUUUGUUCAGUUUAUACAACAAAAUUUCUCCUGUAGAACGACAGUUGCGGAAAAAGUUUUACAGACAGUAUAUAGUAAUGUGUUCAAUGGAAGGAGUGCUUUGAAGUCUACUUCACUGUAAAUCAAAUGAGACACUGUAAAACCAAUUGCGCUUUUGUUUGGCUUGGGUUUCCUAAAUGAUAUUCAAAGAGUUGCUUUUGCUGCACCUACCUCUGAUUUUGUUUUCACUGUGGUGGUAGUAUUGUUUGUAUAUCAAGCACUCUGCAAUGAGAUUGAGAAUACUAAAUUUUGUUCUUUCUGAUGAA